AUGUUUUAUUUACCACCUGGAUUCUUUGUGGCUCAUCCUGUUUCUAAAGGAAUCAUUACAUUCCGUGAAUUUGACAUAGCUUACAAAUAUGUUGAAAAGAAAUUUGAGAUUGAACAGCGAAACAAGCAGUUGUUACGUAAAUCUCCAAACCUUCUUCUUGACCCAUUACCCAAGAUUCCACGAUUUACAGGCGACGAAAAUGAGAAUAAGCAAUAUAUAAUCGAUCUUGUUGAUCAGUUUUACAGACUCAAUAGAAUGUCUUAUAGUAUUGACGACUUUGAAGAAGAAAAUCAAGUAAAUGUCCGAAAUUUAGAAGAAAAUGAGUCUGGAUACGAGAGUGACUCAUUAAUGAUUGAUGCUUCACAUGAUACUAUUAUUGCUAUCGAAGAUGAUGAACCAGAAGAGCCUUUAAUUCCAAUUGAACCAACAGAACAGGUAGAUAUGACGUUAAUUUUCUCAUUUGAUGAUAUAUGCAUUCAUUUGGUCAACAACAACGAAUGUGAUGAUACAUUGUGCGAAUCUAAUCAUACAUUCCCAAGCCGCGAAUUCGUGCUUAACAAGUUAAUUGAUCACACGCCAGAACAGAUUAAUAUGGCAUACGAAUUGAUAUUAAAAUCAAAGGUUUUGAAGAAAAAGUAUUUGGAAGUAUUCAAUGGAUUUAUCAUAUUGCGGCAAGACUAG